UGUCGGUGCUUUCAUGCACAAAUCUUGUUUUCUUUUUUAUUUAUGCACUACAUUGAACGAAAGUUAAUUCACAGAUCUCAAAUGACUUUUUAACAUAAUGUCAAGAAGAAUACAUUUCCAAGCAAAUAAUAAUAUGCUCAUCCGUCAGUAUAUUUGUUUUUAAGAUGAAGUAAUUUGUACAAAAUUAUACAAUUCCGUUCCUUUAUUCUGAUAGUUUGCAUAGAUUGUCUCUUGUGGAUACAAAUUUUAAGAAUGCAUUUACAUAAAAAAAUUAGCCUAUUCAAUAUUAUUAAUACUGUAACGAUUAUUUUAACUCAGUUCUAUGCUGAUACUGCUUAUACAAACCAUAAAACGCAAAACUAUUUUACUAAAAGUUCAAACUUAUAUUUUUAUGACCGAAUUAAUGAAGAUAUUAAUUUCAAUGAGAAAUACUUACCUCGACAAGUUAUCACAAGAAGGUUAAGGGAUGUUGUGCCGAUUAUGUUUCCCAUUAACUCAAAAGAAAUCGAAGUGUCCGAUCAUUUGAAAAGUCUAAUUGAAUCUAAUCAAAAUGGAAAUAUACCAAGUGAAGUUUAUUCAAACGAAAGGGUAGGUGAACAACAUGGAGAAGCUGAAGAAGGUGUAGAUGAUGUGAGUCACUGUGUUCCAAUUCAUGAAUCUGUUUGUCAUGGCCUUCAUUACACACAUACCUCGUUGCCUAAUUCAGUGGGUUUAACAACACAAGAAGAGGCCGCAAAACGCAUGAAUGACUACCGUUCCUUAAUCAAUGUUGGAUGUUCACAGUAUUUGAAAUUUUUCCUAUGUACGAUUUAUUUUCCAAUGUGUACUCCAGCUUUGAAUCCACCAGCUGCCUUACAACCAUGUCAAAAUUUAUGUCGUUAUGUUCAGUCAAAAUGUGAACCAAUUAUGAAAAGUUUUAGCUUCCCUUGGCCAAUUGAAUUGAAUUGUAAAUCAUUACCCUCCGAGUCCGGAAUGUGUAUACAACCACAAAAUUAUGAUUUAGAUAAACAAGGGGAAAUUAUAAGUCAAGGAAUUCCAUCUGAAGCUCAUGGAGCCAUUGCUAACUUGCUACCAGAUUUUGGUGAAUUUCUAGCUCAUCAAAAUGCACAAAAUCAACAAUUGACAGGUGCCCAGACUAACCAGACAGAUAACAAUCAUGGGAAGAUAUCUCUUAUAGAUAAUAAUCAGUCUGGAUUGAUGAAGCAUCAUAUACUUCAUAGAGCCAAACUACAAGCCUCAAAGUGUUAUGUUGUUGAAAUCCUUUUAUAUUCCGAACAGGCGCAUGAUAAUAUUACAUGCGCCCGUCGGUGCAACGCUCAUUUGUUUUACAAACCAAUUGAAAAACGUUUUGCCAAUGUUUGGAUGUUAGUUUGGGCCAUACUUUGUUUAGCAUCAUGCGCAAUGACAAUGAUUACAUUUACUCUAAGCCGUUCACGUUUCGCUUAUCCAGAGAGACCGAUUAUUUAUAUAUCAGUUUGUUACUUUUUUUAUUCUACUGGGUUCAUUUUACACGCUCUAAUUGGACGUGAUUCGGUGGCUUGUAGAAACAAAGUUGAAACUAUUUCAUCAUCAUUAUUACCCAGCGGAGUAUCACAAGAAGGAGCGAAGAAACUUCUUACAAGUGUGGCCCAGUCGAAGGUUAAUAUUACUUUCUUGAUAACUUCUGGACAUGAAGGUUUCCAUUCUUUGAUUUCUCUUCGAUCAAACUUGAAACAACAUGUUAAAAGUCUCAUGCCUGUUGCCAACACGAAAACAGGACUAGCAAACUGUUAUAACUCACAGUUUAAAAGAAACGUUACAGCAACAUUAGCAACAUCAGCAACACCACUACAACCAAUAACGCUAACUAGUCCAGUCAUUCCUCUCAAUAAUGGGAAUAUACGACGUUUAGAUAAAUUGAUGAUAAAAAUAGCCAUAUUUUCUAUGUUAUAUGUUUUACCAAAGGCCUGUGUUAUUGGUGUGAAUAUUUACAAUUAUAUUAAUUACCCAAAAUGGAUGAAAACACUAGAUAAACUGGCGAAACAAACAAACUGUUUGACGGAAUACGGUACAAAUUGGUCUUUGGUCACCCAAUGCGUUAGUGAUAAUCACUUCCCAUCAGUUGAAGCUAAUAUGCUACAAAUUUUCAUGUCAUUAGUUGUCGGUAUCACUUCAGGUAUGUGGGUAUGGUGUAACCGGAAAUCAUCAGAAACAUGGAUAAAAUGUAUGACAGGCAAAAAGAAAGAUUUAUCUAAACAUGAUUUGAAUUACCAUCAUCAUAUUUGUGAGGAUGCUGUUGCCGGUGUUGCCACUGGGAAUAAUAAUAAUAUGUCUCAAGUUGACCAAAAAGCACAACCUAUGAAUUCAACCUGUUGCUAUUCAAGAGGAGGAUGUGGAAUAAAUAGUCAGCAUCCAGGAAACAGCAUCAAUUUUGAUAAUUCAAUGAACAAUACUAGUCACCUGGUAGUUGAUUCGUCUCAGUAUCAUCAGCAUGGAAUUGCACGAAACAACAUGAGAAAUUUAAUGCCUUCUGGAUCAUUAAAUUUAUCAUCCGGAGCAGCUUCAUGCACAAGUACAGUACCUUUGUCAUAUGGUUUAGGAACAAUGGAUAUGUCUUUAUUAAAUUCAAAUGAAUCGAAUUAUUGCAUUCGUUCGUCACAAAGACAAACCGUUAAAAUCAGACCGACUAAUAUUGGAAGACCUGACUUUUGAUUUACGUUCAUUUCAUUAGUAAAUAGUGUACAGUGUACUUGAAUAAAGUUCAACUAUGGCUACAUUUAUCCACAAUAGCAUAUAUUCACCAACUUAUAAACAAGAGAUUAUAUCAAGGAAACUGUAACAUGGAACAAAAGUCAAAUGUGGAAAGAAUUAUAUCCUGCAAGUUUUGUUCAACCCAUACUAAUACAUAAUGACAUUAUAUUAUAAAGUCAUUUCAUAAGUGCUGAUUCCUUCACUUGUUUUCCGUCAGCUAACUAUUUAUUAGUUUAAACGCAGAAACCGUCUUUACACACACACACACACACACACACAAUAUGCUCAUCUUUGUAUAUAAAUUAAUUUGUGAUUGAUAUUCCAGUAAUCUUUUAACUUGAAUUGUUUUCUUUUAUUCUUUUCAUAUUUGGUGAAAAUCAAGAAGCUUAUCAGCCUGUAUACCCACAUUCAUUUACAUUACCAUGAGUUAAUCUGUUCAAUUUUUGAGUGAACUUUAUCUUAAGUUUAUCUAUUGGUUGUAGAGAAAAGAAGAUAAAUCAAACUGUUCAAAAAACCCAAAAACAAAACAAAGCAGUUGGAUAAAUUUAACUUGGUAUUGGUUAAUUAUAAUAAACUAAAUCAACAACUACUAAUUAACCAUGAUCAAUCAAUGUAGCCUAGAAAAUUCCUUUUCAAUUUAUUAUUAUUUUAAUUCCAUUCUAUUCGUAAUUUAUAAAACUUGUUUAAUACUUCCAUUUGGGAAAUGUGUAAACGUAUUCAAUUCUAAAGAAUAAUAUAAAUACUCAGCCUGAAUAAUUAUUAUCAAUGCCGUACUUUUCUUGCCAACAUCCAUUCGGAACAAAUAAGAUAAAUGUAAAAAAAAGAGAGGAAUAAAGAGAUACUGAAAACAUCAAGA